GUGCCGAAUAGCACGGUUAGACACUUCGCGCCGCUCGUGGACACCAGAGUAGAACUGGCGCUCUCCGGCGCGCUGCUGCUCAGGAUCGCAAAGCCAGUGAUUAUCCGUGAAAUAUUAGUCCCAGUCGCGUUGCUCAGCGACGUGGCGCCCGAGGCUGCACUUGAUCUGCACGCGGGCGUCAGGGUCGGGCUGAUGCACCCAAGCGCGCUCGUCCGCGAUGCGCUGCCGGUGCCGGUCGCGGCGCUCCGCGACGGGCUGCUGUUUUCCGAAAUGGUGCUCCAAAUUGAAAUGCUAAUGCCCGUCGCGCUGUGCAGAAAAGUGGUACCCGAUGCAGUGCUAGUCCCACUCGUGAGCGCCAGGGCCGAGCUGCUGCCCACCGGCGUUCUGCAUGACAUCGCUGUGCCAGUGCCCGCCGCGGCAAUGCUUUCAAUCGCGCUGCUCAACGAUGCGCUGUUGGUGCCCGUCGUAGUGGUCAGCGACAUGGCACUCGAGACAGUUAUCGCCCCGCACGCGGACGCCAAGGUAGAGCUGAUGCUCGCCGACGUGCUGCUCGACGUUGAAGUGCCCGUCGUGUUACUGAUACCCGCCGUGGUGGCCAACGAAGUGGAAUUUGAGGCAGUAUUUGCCUCUGGUCUGAAUGUCAGGGUCAACCUGUUGUUCUUCGACGUGCUGCCGCACGUCGAAAUACCAGUCACAGGCGUGUUACUCAGCGACGUGGUGCCCGAGGCUGUACUCGUCCCGCUCGCGGACUCCCGGCAGG